AUGGAGUUUAGGGAUAAUCCAGGAGGUGGGAAAUGUGGGAUUGGGAUGAUCAACUCUUCUUCCUCUCUGGUUAGAGGAGGAUCCGCCUUCUGUAAACCAACAAUCUCAUCAGCGGGAGGAGCAAGAAAUGGUAGCACCGGCGAUGCUCGCACCUCAUCGCCACCGGCGAUGCAUUCUCUUGAACCAAAUGUGACGAAUUCUCUCGCCACUACUGUCGCGGAGGCAACCGAUGAUGUCUCCGCCAAGUACAAAGAAUGCCUACACAACCACGCAACCACGUUCGGAGCCCACGUCCUCGACGGUUGCGGCGAGUUCAUGACAGAAGGUGACUCGGGCACAGUCAACGCAAGGCUCUGCUUGUGGAUGCCACUGUAG